UUAAAAUUAAUUGUGUUAGAAAUAAAUCUGAACAUGUCUAUGGAAUCUAUAAUGUCCUCUUUCACCGAUGACGGCGAAAUUGACGAAUGGGUCAUUGGAGAUGAGAAUGUUGAGCUGAAAGGAUACGUGGAUGUCAUUGAAGGUACAAAAAUGGUGGAAUCCAAAAAAUUUCCGUUGGCGAAGCCUACACCAUUUUCCAAGAUUCUGAUUAAUACCGGUAGCCAAAGACGUAUACGUGCGGUGUUCUGGGGCGCUGAAGCAACGAAAUAUUCAUCAAUUAUCCAUGACAGAACGAUUCUCGAGAUUAAACGGGGAAAAGUAACAGCGGGAAAUCCAGAGUUCAAUAAUCCGCAUCAUCGCAUCUUCAGGCUGGAAGUCACUGUCACGUCAUCUUCAAAGAUAACUAUCCUUGAUGAGAAGUUCAUUAUUGAGACUGCACCCAUUGUGAUUUUCCACCUUCCCAUCAAUUACUUGAAGGACCUUAGUGCAAAUGUUUGUGUUCAAGGGUAUUUAAAACAAGAAUUCGAGCCUAUCAAAUCAUAUGGGUCGAUUAUUGGUGCGGGUGUUGUGGUCGAUGGCGAGACGAAGUUGCAGGUUAGGAUCACAAAGUUCAGCGACUCAUCUCCAAAAAUUCCUCAGGGAACUUUCCUCAAGAUUACCGGUGUAACUGUUGCAAGUGACAAAGGACCCCCAUUACUGACAGUGGACUCGAUGGAGGACAUCAAGAUUUGUAGUGAUGUCAAGGUGUUGGCGUCUACAGUACUCAGUCCAAUGGGACGGCGUCCUCCAAAUAAGAGGAAAUUUGACUGGGAGGAGGAGGAAAAACAAAAGUUAAAGAAAACGGGAUAA